CGCCGCGCAGCCUCCCGCCAUGGCCAAGCGCGAGUCCAGCUCCAGCCCGGUGGUGCGGCAGAUCGACAAGCAGUUCCUGGUGUGCAGCAUCUGCCUGGACCGCUACCACAACCCCAAGGUGCUGCCCUGUCUGCACACUUUCUGCGAGAGGUGUCUCCAGAACUACAUCCCUCCCCAGAGCCUGACCCUCUCCUGCCCCGUCUGCCGCCAGACCUCCAUCCUCCCCGAGAAGGGGGUGGCCGCUCUGCAGAACAACUUCUUCAUCACGAACCUCAUGGAAGUGCUCCAGCGCCAGCCCGACAAUGCCAGCCACGAGGAUGCCAUCGCCAUGCUGGACUCUGUCAGUGCUGUGCCGGGCAAGCCACUCUCCUGCCCCAAUCACGAGGGGAAGACCAUGGAGUACUACUGCGAGGCCUGUGAGACGGCCAUGUGCCACGAGUGCACGGUGGGGGAGCACCGGGAGCAUGUGACCGUGCCUCUGCGGGACGUGGUGGAGCAGCACAAGGCCUCCCUGCGCCAGCAGCUGGACGCCAUCAAGAGCCGCCUGCCACAGCUGGCCGCAGCCGUGGAACUCGUGUCUGGGAUCAGUCAGCAGCUGGCGGAGCGCAAGAACGAUGCGGUGGCCGAGAUCGGGAGCACUUUUACUGAGCUGGAGAAGGCGCUGGGACAGCGGAAGGGGUUGCUGGUCCGAGACCUGGAGGCCCUCUGUGGGGCCAAACAAAAGGUGCUGCAGGCCCAGCUGGAAGUCCUGCGCCAGGGCCAGGAGAACAUCCUCAGCAGCUGCAGCUUCACCGAGCAAGCGCUGGACCACGGGUCGGAGAUGGAGGUGCUGCUGGUGAAGAAGCAAAUGAGUGAGCGGCUGAGCGAGCUGGCCAGCCGGGAGUUCCCCGAGCAGCCCCACGAAAACGCCCAGGUGGACUACGUGGUGGAGACGGAGGGCGUGCGCAAGUCCAUCCUGAAUCUGGGCGUGCUGCUCACCACCAGCGCCAUUGCCCACAAGACUGUGGCAACGGGUGAAGGCCUCCGCCAUGCCGUGGUGGGCCAGGCCGCCUCACUGACCAUCACCACCAAGGACAAGGAUGGGGAGCUGGUGCGCAACGGCAGUGCCUGCCUGCAGGCUGAGGUGGUGGCCCCUGACAACUGCGCCCUGGAGCACGAGGUGCAGGACAACAAGAAUGGCACCUACGAACUGCUCUACACGCCGCGCCAGGAGGGUGACCACGUGCUUUCCAUAUGCCUCUACGGGCAGCCCAUUCGCAGCAGUCCCUUCCGCGUCAAGGCCGUUAAGGCCUCUGACGUGCCCCCCUCCCCAGACGAUGUCAAGCGCCGGGUGAAGUCUCCCAGCAGCGGCCACAUCCGCCAGAAGGCCGUCCGCCGCCCCUCCAGCAUGUACAGCAGUGGCAAGAAGAAGGAGAACCCCAUCGAAGACGAGCUGAUCUUCCGUGUCGGAAGCCGGGGCCGAGAAAAGGGCGAAUUCACCAACCUGCAGGGCAUCUCCACCUCCAGCAGCGGGCGCAUCGUGGUGGCAGACAGCAACAACCAGUGCGUGCAGGUCUUCUCCAACGAGGGCCAGUUCAGGCUGCGCUUCGGCAUACGGGGACGCUCUCCUGGACAGCUACAGCGCCCCACGGGGGUCACGGUGGACCUCAAUGGUGACAUCAUCAUCGCAGACUAUGACAAUCGCUGGGUCAGCAUCUUCUCUCCCGAGGGCAAAUUCAAGACCAAGAUUGGAGCCGGGCGCCUGAUGGGCCCCAAGGGUGUGGCAGUGGACCGCAACGGGCACAUAAUUGUGGUGGACAACAAGGCGUGCUGCGUCUUCAUCUUCCAAUCUAACGGAAAGCUAGUAGCCAAGUUUGGGAGCCGUGGCACGUCGGAGCGCCAGUUUGCAGGACCACACUUUGUGGCUGUCAACAACAAGAAUGAAAUUGUGGUGACCGACUUCCACAACCACUCUGUGAAGGUCUACAGUGCAGAUGGAGAGUUUCUCUUCAAGUUUGGCUCCCACGGGGAGGGGAACGGGCAGUUCAACGCUCCGACGGGUGUGGCUGUGGAUUCCAAUGGGAACAUCAUUGUGGCCGACUGGGGGAACAGCCGGAUCCAGGUCUUCGACAGCUCGGGCUCCUUCCUGUCCUACAUCAACACCACGGCGGAUCCACUGUACGGGCCACAAGGCUUGGCGCUCACCUCGGACGGACAUGUGGUGGUGGCCGACUCGGGCAACCACUGUUUCAAGGCUUACCGCUACCUGCAGUAACCCUGGCGGGGCAGGCUGGAAGGGGGGGCUCUCCGAGUCCCUUCUGGCCCGCCUGCUGGACUAUGUGCUUGGGGGUGGGCUGGCCCUCUGGGUCCUCGACCCCACGCCAGGUUGGAGGCUCUGGCAGCUGUGUGUCAAGGUGCCAACAGCCACAACGGCAACUACGCAGCACUGGGACAGCUUCUAGGGAGCGGGCUGGGGGUGGUCCUGCACUCUCCCAAAAAGCUUCUCCACAGUGAGGGGGAAGAGGCUCCCUACGGGCACCAUGCAGCUUUUAUGACUCUGGGGGUGGGGGGUCUUGCCUGAGCCCCCCCCCAAGUAGGAAUCCCUUGGAGUCUCCCAGCUUCAGUCCCCCCCCACCCGCAAUUGUCCCUUCCCUUGUUUUUUUCUGCACUUUAUCAUUGCCCAGAAAGGAGACGAAGCAGCCCCCCCUCCUCUUAGCAGAAGGCGGACUGGUCGCCCAGCUGCAGGGACCGGGAGGGGGGCGGUGGGGAGGGGACCGGAGAGAGUUUCUGCCGUGCCUGCAGAGAGCAGCGAAGCCGAGACAGGCUUCCAGCGGGGGACCCAGAUGACGUCCCGGGAGCUUUAAGGUGGGACUCCGCAGCGAAGGCCAGGCCCCAGCCCCGUGGCCAUGCGGGGCCACUUUGCCUACCCACCACCCCCAGUCUCCCAUUUUCCUUCUGGGUGAAUUUCUGGGCUAGCCAGCGAUUCUUCUGGGGGAAAAGUCCUCCGGCCAGUUGGGCGCCCUCGCUACGUGGAGCCAAGAAGGGGGGGGGGGAGCAGCCAGAGGCCCCACGCGAGUCCUGUGCUUGGCGGGGGCUCGAGGGGAGGAGGAAGAGCUCUUUUCUGCGUAGGCGGGGAAGGGAUGCGGGGUCAGUUUUCCCAGCCCCUCGACUCCCCACCCCGUCCGCCGAUGAUGCUCGACCCGACUCAGCCGGUCUCCCAAAGGGCGCCA